CACCCAGCACGCUCAUUUGUUACCAGUGACUGAAAUCGAUCGCACGUCGCAAACGAUUGCAUUUUCCGCGCGUUGACACGCGAGUUGUAUCUAAUUAUACGCUUUUCCCUAAUAAAUUAAAAAAAUGUAUUCCAUUGCCGAGGUUACGCUGGCCUUCAUGGUUCUAUACUUAUUCUCUUUCCUUUUUGAAGUGGUUACGGGUUUAGUUUCAUAAAUUUUUAAAUAUAUUUUAAUAAACGAUGUGAUAUCUAAUAAGACAAAUACUUUAAUUUAGCUUUUAAAUAAUUAGUCAAAUAUCAAUGCAAAAUAUAAUUAAGAUAUGAGUAGGUAAUUAUGUUUUUAGAAUCUUAUUAUUUAUAAUUAAAACGCGAUAUAAAUUAUACAAUGGUACUUUCACCACAAAGACUGCGGCACUGAUUAGUGAGGAGUUUAGAUUCAUCAGCUGUUUUUGUGUAUUUUGUGGUUUAAACACUGUAUAGAGUGAAAAUGCGGUCAAGAUUAAUUAGUAAAUAUAUGAAGAUUCAUAAACGUUAUUCAUCGCAUAAUGUGACAAAGUGGAAAAGUGUUGUAGGGUUAGAAGUUCACGCGCAGCUUAAUACAAACUCAAAAUUGUUUUCUGGUGCACAAAAUACAUUUGGUGGAGUUGUGAAUAACUGUGUGUCUUUGUUCGAUGCUGCUAUACCCGGAACGUUACCUGUAUUAAAUAGGAAAUGUGUCGAGUUAGGUGUUUUAACCGCAUUAGCUUUUAGUUGUAAAGUCAACGAAGUAUCAAGUUUUGAUAGGAAACACUAUUUUUAUGCUGAUUUACCGUCGGGCUAUCAAAUUACGCAACAAAGGGCUCCUUUAGCUAAUGACGGUGUUAUAAAAUUUCAGGUUUAUACUCCGGGGGUACAUAAGAAGCCCUACAACAAAAGUUCAAAGAUCAAACAGAUACAAUUAGAACAGGAUAGCGGUAAAUCCCUUCAUGAUGCAGAACUUAAGCGAAGUCUUGUGGAUCUAAACAGAGCUGGAGCACCCCUUAUUGAAAUAGUUUUUGAACCUGAUUUAGAGGAUGGUGAAGAAGCAGCUGCGUUAGUCAAGGAAUUAGUGUUAAUAGUACAAAGGCUCGGAGCAUGUACUGGGCGCAUGGAAGAGGGUGCUUUAAGAGUGGACGCUAAUGUCUCUAUGCAUAAAGAGGGAGAACCACUGUCUACUCGAACUGAGAUUAAAAAUAUCGGUUCCAUCCGCGGUGUCGCAAGUGCUGUUCGACAUGAAAUAGAUCGCCAACAAUCCGUACUUGAAAAUGGCGGGAAAAUUAUAAACGAAACUAGAGCGUGGGAUGCCGUUGCCAAGGUUACAGUGCCUAUGCGAGACAAAGAAGUUGUUCAAGAUUACAGAUAUAUGCCCGAGCCCAAUUUACCGCCUCUUCGUCUAAAUUUAACAUCGAGACACGAUACACAAGACGUCAUUAGUGUACCGCUCAUAAGGGACAGGAUACCAGAACUUCCAGAAGAAACUAGAACAAAUCUUAUAAAUGACUUCAAGCUCCGUCCAGAAAUAUCAAUACAGCUUGUCAACGAACCGACUCUUCUGGAUUUCUUCCACGAACUGACGAUUGACAAAAGAAGAAAUCCAACAAAAGUCGCCAAUCUUCUCUUAAAUGAUCUCUUGACUGUCCUUAAUAAACGUAAAAUUAACGUAGCUGAUUGUAAAGUAACGGUGAAACAGCUAAUCGAAGUUACAGAUUUACUAUUAUCAACGAAGAUUAAUCUAGAUGUUUGCCGUAACGUUUUAGAUGAAAUUGUAGAAAGUCCACAAAAAUCACCAAAAGAUAUUGUCAAAGAAAAGGGUUGGAUGUUAGUUACUGACGAAGAUGAAAUAACAGAUAAAUGUCUAAAAGUAAUCGAAAAUAAUCCUAAAUUGGUGAAACAAUAUAGAGAUGGAAAAGUGAAGGUGUUAAAAGCUUUAUUAGGUAUAUUAGUUAAAACAUCGGAUAGUAAACUUGAUAUGUCCUUAGCGUCUAAGAGAAUGGAGGAAUUGUUGAAAAAAUAAAGAUAUAUUUAAAUUG